AUGAAGCGACCAGACGGCCCGCCACAGCGGGCAGACGGCCCACUCGCGCCUCUCAUUGCCCGCCUCGCGCCGCUCGUCGCCACCGCCAAGUCGAAAGAGGGCAAGGCCACCACGCUCCCUCCGCUCGACGAACCGCUUGCGAAGUUCCACGAAUGGCUCAUCAAGCUUCAGGAGGCAGACUCGCUCUCGCCGGAGCUCGCGAAGGAUGCGUCGGUGUUCCUCAGCUACCAGUGCUUCGCAUACACCGUCUCGUCCGCCACGGUUGCGGCUGCUGUCGAUGGCAAGGAGGACGAGGCGGGCUUCCUCAAGAACAAGGCAGUCGCGAUGCUCGAGGUCGCGAGGGACCUCAUCGAGUGCCUUGCCAGCACGGUGCUCGAGUCGCCAGGCGGCCUGCCGACGCGGGCGGGCGCGGAGGGGGACAAGGACAAGAAGGUCUACGGCGACCUGCUUCUCGCUCUGCUUGACGGUCUUUGCGACCACCUCGACCCGCACAACGCCUACCAGAAGCAACCUGCGCCGGAAGACCUCGCCUACCGUGGCCUCUUUGGCGAGAUCCUUCUCCCCUCUCUCUACAAGCUCGUCUUUCCCGACCCCGCCGGUUUGCCCUCAGCCUCCGGUCGCGCAAUCAGCGACGGAGCCAAGGGCGGCAAGAUUCGCGCCGAGAUCAAGUACGCCAGCUUCGCGAUUGUCUCCGAGUCCACGUCGAAGCACCCUGCCAACAAGGAACGCAUUCGUCGCAUCUUCCCGCCCGACCACAUUGCAUCGAUUCUCCAAGGCGGUUACGACGCGCACCUGUCGACGGCUGCGUUUGAAUGCGCUUUCUGCAUGGCUCCGUCUCGUCGUUCGCCCGCCGAGCGCGCCGACUUCAUCAAGCAGCUUUUCGCUGAGUCUCGCUUCGGCAAAAGUGCGCAAGAGCUGCGCGCUAGCUUCGACCGCAUCAACGGCAACGACUUGUACGACAAAUCGCCAAUGAUGCUCAGCCGUAUCUCUAACGGCAGCAUCAAACGUUCGCAACCGUUUCGCGCGUUUUCUCUCAAGUACAACGGACGUCCCCUCCUCACCUCGAAGCGGGAGGAGUCGUCGCACAACGUCCUUCCUGCGAACGAGCCGUCGCUCAAAGCGAUUGCGGACUGCAAGGCGUACGACCCCGCGAUAGUCUGGUUCUCCACCGACAUCCUCGCGGCAGCUGUCCCCGAACCGCCCGAAAUCGUCAAGAUGCGUCGCGCUGGCGACCCGCGGCCGGACCGCGAGAAGGCAGUCCAGCUUGAUGACUCUUCGGAGAGUUUCGUUCGCAUGGUUAUCGAUCUUGGGGCAGUCGAGCGCGUGCAUGUCCAAGACCUCGGCAAGGACCCGAACGUCGCCAAGAUCACGAUCCUCAUAUCCGCCGGCUCGCCCGCCCGCUUCGGCAACCUUCCGCAUCCCAGCCUCGCACUUCACGUCGGCACCUCGCUCAAGUCGCUCGACGAGUCGCAGGUCGGCAGCAGGUCUGAAUCGAUGCACAAGCUCGAGAUGAUCUUCCCGGCCGGCAACGACAACCUCAACAUCCUGAAGAAAACGCUUGUCGCGCGCAAAGAGCGAUACCCCAAGCUCGGCGAUGAGCUGCACCGCUUUCCCAUCCGCGUCGGCGUCUCGCCGCCCAACAAGGCGCCAGAGAAGCCGUCGAACGCGAAGUCCGCCGCGAAGCCUGCCUCGAAGCCCGCCGCGAAGCCUGCCUCGAAGGCUGAGGAGACGACUAAGAACGUCGCUUUCGCCCCUACGCCGUCGCCCUCGAUCGCGGCAACGGCUUGCGCGCCUGCCGUCAAGCGCGCACCGCGCAAGUCGAGCGAGGCGGGUCCGGUCGUCGCUCAGCCCGCUAAGCUUGUCGCGAACGGUGCGGCGCAACAAGUCGAGCCUGAGCAGCGCGGCGAGGCAGCGGCGAAAGGCGAAGCCAAGCUCGAAAAGGUCCGCGAGGAGGACGUCAACCACCUCGCUGCAAGUCAGGAGGCAGCUCGUCGUCGUGCUGCUGAAGUAGCCGGUCUCGCCGAGCUCGACAAGGCCAGCUCGGUUGCCACGUCGCAGAAGACCAGGUCGACGGACAGCGAGAUGCGCGGUGUCGAAGAGAAUGCUCUCGCCGGACAAGAGUUUGGGGGAGGCUUCGAAGAGGGCGAGCAGGCCAAGAUGGACGUCGAUGGAGCGCCGGCAGGCGAAGGCGACGAAGGUCGUCGCGAGGAGGACACCGUCAAGCACAAGACGCCCGCCAAUACUCGUCGCCUCGAGGGUGACGUAGGUCGUGCGCCCGGCCGUCGUCGCAAGGAGGCGCAGCCGUCCGAGGAUGAGGGCCAAGACGACGUGACGCCGUCCCAGCAGCGCCAGACCGCGAAGUCGGGCGACUUGGCUUCGUCGGACCUCUCCGAACCGGCGACCGAGGCAGCUGAUGUCGACGAGGUCGAGCAGCCGGUCAAGAAGAAGAAGGUCGUUCAGCCGGCCAAGAAGGGUCGCGGUGGCGCAGGAAACGACGGCGACAAAAAGGCGAAGAAGGCGAAGGCCGAGACUGACACGCAGAGUCUCGCUUCGGGUCGUCCUCGUCGUGCGGCAGCAUCGAAGGCUGUCGCGAACCUUCGCGGUCAGAAGCGCGCUUCGACGCCGCUUGAGGAGGAGGAGGAAGAGGAAGAGGACGAGGACGGUGAGGACGAGCACGAAGUCGAGCCGGAGAAGCCCGCCGUCAAGAAGGGUAAGAAGGUCAAGAAGGCCUCGCCUCCGCCAGCGAAACGCCGCAAAACCUCGCCGACUCCUUCGGAUACUGCGGAGGAGAGCGGCGAAGAGACAGACUACGACGACUUCCCCGGAGGCGACGUCGCCAGCACGCUCGAGGAGAAGAAGGUGACUGUCCGCCCCGCGCACAAGUACGGCAAAGAGGUCAACUCUAUCGUCCGGUCGAUGGGCGGGAAGCGCAAGGCCGGCAAGCCUGUCGCCAAGGCCAAAGCUGCGCCGCCAAAGGCGAAGAAGCGCAAGGAGCAGGAGACGGCUACCGAAGAGGAGGCCUCCAAAGCUAGCGAGCGCGAACGCUCGACUUCGCCGAUCCUCAAGCCGAACCAUCAUGGACCGAAGAAGCACGUCGUCGAGCAAGGUGGCACCGACCUUGAGGACGAGAGGAACGCCGAACCUGUGCGCCCCGCCAAGCAGGACAAGCGCAUCGCCGACGACAUCCCACCUCCUCGCGACCUCACCCAGGGCGAGCUCGAGCGGGCCAAAGAGCUCGACCCUCGUGCGAGGCGCGCGUCUCGUGCGCCUGAGGAGAAGUCGCCGGCCAAGCCGAUUCGCUCUUUCUCUGCUCUCGUCGGCCGCGAAGAUGGCGCUUCUGGACACCAGCGCCUGGGCGAGCACAUCAUCGAGGGCGUCGGCAGGCUGACGGCGGAAUCCGAGGAUGAGGCGGAAGAAGAGAACGUCUUUGAGGCUGGACCGUUCCCCGACGAGCUCGACGACUUCUCGGCAAUCGCUACGGGAAAGCAAGUCCAGGCUGCCACCGACACCGUCCGUCGGCAGGUUCGCUCGUCGCCGUCGCCCUUCAUCGAUCCGGCUCGCGAACAGACCUUCGUCGAGCGCGCCGUCGCCGAAGCGUCGACCAGCGGCGGUCAGCUCGUUGUCGCCGCCGCAGCUCAAGCCGUCGUCGUUGCGCAGAAGCGCCCGUCGCCCGCGCCGGCGACUGCUCGACAAGCCGAGAAGGACGCUAACCUGUCGCCGACCGCUGCCGACGACUCGGGCGUGCACUUCCAGCUUCCUCUGGACCUUGGCGACGAGGCUGCAGAGGAGGAGAUGGUCGCCAAAACUCACUCGGUCGUCCAGCAAAUCGUCGCUCCCAAUCACGAGCUUUCCGGCGCAAAGCUUCCCACGCAAUCAGCGACCGCCUCGAAUCGCCGCGACGUCCAGGCCAUGCUCGUCGAGAAGCCGUCGCAAGCUCGCGCCCCGCUUAGCACGAUGCAUCCGUUCGCGCCAGCAGCGGACGUCAGGCGCCAUCGCUCGCUCUCGCCUGGAACUGUGGGUGCGCAUGCGACACCAGCCGUUCCUCCCAAGGCGACAGCGAGUGCGAACUGGAACAUCGCAGCUGCGGCCAUCCAGCAGGCCCACAUUCCCUCGCCAGCCUUACCCUUCACCGACCAACGCGCGCGGCCUGCUCGUCCCGGUCCCUCAAUGAUGCAGGUGCCGAGCAAACAAGCCGGCGACCCGUUCUCCGAGCGCGAGGAGCAGGCGACUACCUCGGCUGCUGCGCAACCCGCAAAGGCGUCGACGAGUCGUCCUCAGCAGCAUCAUGUCGGAACUGCCUCGCCAUGGGGAGGCUUGGGUCGCCCUAUCGGUCGCGACGAGGGCCUCGUCGGCGGGACGGCCUCGACGAGCUCGAAGAAGCCUGUCUCUGCGCCGCCAGCCUUCACGAGUGUUUCUGGAGGCGCGUCGACGUUGAGGAAGGCCCCGAAGCCGAAGCAGCACGUCAAGGGUCGUCUGGGCUCCAACGGCGUCUUCGGACAGCAGCAGCGUCGCGCGAAGAACGGCAAGGCUCGCGAGAAGGCGCCUCUCCUCCCGCCCAUCUCGCCGUCGCUAAGCUCCGAGGUUGACUUUGGCGCCGAGGUGAAGAGCGACUGGCAGGGAGGCGAGUACGAGAUGGACGCCUUUUUGACCAAGUUCUUCCGAGACGCAAUUGUCGAGAAGCAGGCCGAGCAGCGCCGUCAGCGAGAAGCUCACCAUCAGCUUUCGCGCCAACGCCUCAUGGGCAAGCUGGGCGCCUACGUCGACAAGGCUCGCAAGGACGCGCACGCUCGCCUCGAUGCCGCCGACCAGCCCGACAGCCUCGCCUCGAACCUCCGCAGGUACGCCAAGCACGCGUACGAGGUCAAUAUGGACAUCUGGGAGGAGGCGCAGCGCGAGCUUGAGAAGAUUGCGGCGAAGGAGCAGGCUGAGGCGGAGGCGGAGGCGAAGAAGGGGAAGUGA